GCCCCUCACGUGACCCCGUCGCGAUCUCGCGGGGGACCAGACUCUCCGAGGCGGUGCCGCAGGGAACAGAGGGACUGACGGAGCGGAGUUCGCAGCAGCUUUCGCCGGAACAUCAGCGCGGAGGACGUGAUGUCGGGGCUCUCCCGCCAGCUGCCUUGGGCCGCUGCCUGCCUGGCCGCGCUCUGUGUGCUGACCGCGGCUCAGGACGUCUCCCCGGACCCGAACGUGACUGCAGUUACGACUUUAGCGACCACCAAGUCAGUUCCGACGUCGGUGACGACUCUAACGCCGGUCACCACUCCAGCACAAGAUAUCUGUGAAAACCGCAACAGCUGUGUUUCCUGUUUCAAUGCUAGCCUUGAUGCUACUACCUGCUUUUGGAUAGAAUGUAAAGACAAAAGCUACUGUUCCCAUAAUUCAACAGCUAGUGAUUGCCAGGUGUUGAAUGGCACAAAAUUCUGUUCUGAACCCGAGCCCACUCUGAUGCCAACCAAUUCUACAGCUAAAACCACAACUCCGCCUUCCUCUUCUACAGCUACCACCACAGUUACUACAUCAGGUACGACUAAUACCACUUUAACUCCGACUUCACAACCUGGACGGAAGUCUACCUUUGAUGCAGCCAGUUUCAUUGGAGGAAUUGUCCUCGUCUUGGGUGUGCAGGCUGUAAUUUUCUUUCUCUAUAAAUUCUGCAAAUCGAAAGAACGAAACUACCACACUCUGUAAACAGACCCAUUAAAUUAACAAGGACUGGUGUAUAACUCACUGAAACCAAAAUAUUAUCUUUCAAGAUGUCCCACAUGGAAGACGCUAUUCCAGGAUCUUUAAAUUUUCAAAGGAUGCAUAUAGGAUGUUUUGGAGCAUCGUCCUUGAAGAAAAAUCACUUAAAUCAUUUUGCUCAACAGGAAUAUUUAAAAUAUUCUGCAUGAAUCCUUGUGGCUGUCUUCUUUUAUUUUAAAUGGCUGCUGCUGUGGGAUUAUGUUCUCUCUUCUUGACGUACCAAAUGUAACUCUGUAAGUGAUGGAAAACAUUGUCCUGCGCAGACAACCUCAUGACUCUUUUGGCAGUUUAAAUUUAGUCAUUUUAAAGCCUGAAAGCUGCAUUAUUUUCAUCCUAACUCAGGAUGUAGUCUAGUGACCAGAAUUGAGAAGAAUGUGCCAAAUGAGCAUCAAUCGGGUGGACUUUUGGCUGUCCUUUCAAAAGUGGAAUAAAUCUAUAAAUUUAGUAUCCUUAGAGUAAACUGUAUCUUUAGAGUAAAAUUUUGUGCUCAAUAGCAGUUAUUUUUUCUACAUUAGAAAUAAGAUGCCACACAGGGAAUUACAUUCCAGAUUUAAAGGAACGAAUGGAAAGGAUACAAACCAUUAAAGAAUAGCAGGUUAUUGUUCAUCUUUGUAAAGCACCUUAUAUCACUGAGAAAAUAAAGAACAGUGCCUUAAAAGACAGACUGAAAGGUAGACUGUAACUUAAAAUGUUUGUGAUUUGUUCUUUUACAUUAAGGAAGGUAAAGGUUGGUCUGAUGAUGUAACUGUUGACAAGAUGUAGUAAACCUGCUUUUAGAUAUCAUACUGUUAGUAUUUAACUAAAUACUAUUUGAUUUCAGACCUGAGCAAGUUAAGCUAAAAGAUAUUCCACAAAGCUGAAAGCCUUCACAUAUUGAACCUCCCAGCAUUUUUCUUAGGCUUUUAAAAAGUAUAAAGCUAAAGUUGAUUUAAUUAGAUUUUCCUUUGUACUUCAACACUGUUGUACCAUGAAAGGAUUUUCACCAAGCUUUCUUGAAAAGUAACUAUUUUUAUGAGGCAAGAAGGAAGGAAGUUGUUUUAGAGUCAUUUACUAGUUCUUUAAUGAGACAAUCACUUUAAGUUUUGAGACCAGAAAUGUGACCAGUGUAAUUUUAGAAAAUCUAGGGAUUUUUGGUUGAUUGGAUUACUGUAGGUUUUUAAUGAUGAUUGCCCAGGAUAGACAGAUUGUGCUUUCUCUUCUUUCUCUUUCUCUCCUGCUUUCUCCUUCUCUCCUGUCCUUUCUUUUUAGUUUCUGUUCCCGUAGUAUAAUAUAAGCAUGCAUACUUUAAGUUUUUUUUUUAGUUUUCUUAGGCAGCACUAGUUUUUUCAGUUUUAGAGGGAGACUUCUCCCCUGCCUUUGACAUAUUGGAUUAGUUCAGAGGUUUACAAUAGUUUUAAGAAAGUUUUUGCUUUUCUAGGUCAUUAAAGGUUUUUAGUUUCUUUAGCCUCUAAGGGCUGAGUUUAGCACUUGGUUUUCAGUAUUUUGUAGUAGGAGAUGACAAGUUGCUUUGGUCCAUUUCAUUAGCCAAAAUUCCUUGCGUUUAGAUUAUAUUCAAGGUUCUUAAAAUGAAGAUUUACUGUUUCUUUGUUACUUGCUGGUACAGCUAAAGUUUGUUUUACUUGCACAUUUGUACAUACACCUAAUCUUUUCAAGUGCCUUAAUUGUUUAAAAUCUCUGGCUUCAAAGGUUUUUGGGAAAAGGUAGGUUUACCUCACAUUUUUGUGUUUUCAUUAGUAAUAUUCAUUAGUAAUUAGUUCUAGGAACCUCACAAGAACUUUUAUUAUGGUGCCAUGGCUGUUAGUUUUUAGUGCUAGAAGAUCCAAGAUUCAUUUGAAAAUAUACAGAAUUUCCAUUCCUCCCAAAGUGGCAAAAUUUAGCUACAGUGGUAUAAUUAUCAUUUACGUAGAUGUGAAUACCUUAUCACACAUUAAUGUCCAUACAGCAAUUUUUGUGAUAAUGUAGCUGAUGGCGCCUUCUCAUCUUCUGUAAUUUUGAAUAUUGCUCUAAUAACAAAACCAUAAUAUGAAACCAGUUAGAUUUUGCAAGAAGAGCUCUUACAACAGAACUCAUGGCCUUUUCCCCCCUUCCUUUAGCAAUUUACUAUCUUGAGCCAUUAAAAAUUUGGUUUUUUUAAAAUCCAGAAGGUAUAUAGAAACCUUUUCAGAUUUUCUUCUGAUUUGUUCAUGCGGAUGUAGUUCUAUCAAAACACCUUACUUUACCUUACAGAUAUUUGUUGCACAGGCAGACACUGCUGUAUUUAGAAAUUUCUAUUUCAGUUCAUUAAAAACUGUAAAACCAACCUGUAUCAUGUACCAAACUGAUUUAAAAUAAAUCUACAUGUUUAUUGAA